GCACAAAAACAAAGAAUGAUUAAGAAAUUAAAAAACAAGUUUAAUAAAUUAAAUGAGCAUGAAAAUCAAGUAGAAUAUAGUGAUACAAAUUUACCUAGAGAAUCACAACUUACAAAAAAUUAA